AUGAGUUCAAUUUUCAUUACUGAGUUGGCUUCUACACCUAUGUACACCUAUCAUGAGAACUCUAAACGGGAAUCCUAUUGGUCUCCAGAUCUAUACAGCCACCUCGGUACCUCUAUAUCCAUCUUAAUUCCUCUACUCAUGUUUCUAAUCUUUGGGGAGAAUACCCUUAAGGACAAUUCCUUUAUCAGAUUCCUAUUUUUUGCUAUUCCACUGCUUCAGUUAACUUUUCUAAACUUCUGCUUAUUUUCUACCAUCAAUAACUCCAACACGAUGUCUAUAUUCCAUUCAAUCCUCCAUUCAGUUCUCAAGUUUCUCCUCAUUCUAUUCUCCAUCCUCCCCUUUCUUUUAAUUUUUAUGUUUCCUCUUCUCAAACCAGAGAACAUCAAAGUUCUUUCUUCCUCUUCAUUGUUCCUUCUGUCAAUUACCUACUUCUUCUUUACCUCUUUAUCUCCUAUUCCCAGCACCAUUCAAUUCUCUGGCUCUGCUAUCGAUGCCCUAGCUGGUUUUUCGCUUCUUUUAAUUUUUUUCCUUAAAAGAAACCAUCUCCUUCUCUUCCACCUUUUCCUCUUUCUCUUUACCCUAUUCAAGUUUCUCAGGUUCAAAUAUUCCCCUCCAAAGAAUAUUGAGACUACUCCCUGGAGACAAAUCCUCUUUGUUCUUAUUUUCACCGUUCUUACCGUAGUUUAUCUAUUCAUAUCACUUCUUUUCUUCCUCUUCAUUACCAAAAAUCUCUUCUCUCUUGCUGUUAAAAAAAUUCUUUGA